ACUGCGCUUCCCUCUGGGAAGCUUUGUCUUGCUGACCAGAGAGAAGUGGAGAGACGGCCAGCUGGUGUCUGCUGCACAGUCAGGCCCAGGGCACCUGGGGGAGGCAGAUCAGGCUGCAGAGCCGUUAGCAGCUCAAGGGGUCUUCUGAUGGGAAUCCCAGGCUGGGCCAAGCUUGUCCACACCCUCUUGCCUGCACUAGGCUCUCAGGGCUGUUCUGAGGAGGGUCCCCCAGCUCUGAGGCCAUCCUGCAGCACCAGCUGGGAUCGGCAGGCACUUGGGGCCGGAGCUGGGAGCCAGGUGCCCACUCCCUGCCGCGGCCUGAGCCACAGUGCAAGCCCUGCAGCAGGAGCACAGCCCGACAGAACACAGUGCCAUGGGCCUGGGAGAGAGGGGACAGAUGGAGCCAAGGAGCCAGAGGGCAGUUGGACUGGGACCAGCCUGGCACUCCGGAAACUCGAACCCAGGCCCCUCUCGUGGAAGUGUGAGGUCCCCGGCAUCAGUAGACGUCAGAAUGCAGACCCCCAGGCCCCACGAGGAUGCUGGGGUGAGAAUCCCCCUUUCAACAAGGUGCCUGGGACAGGAACGUCAGGCCAGUCCACUGCAGGUGUCAGGGAAGCACCCCAGGCCUGGCCUUGAGGAGGGCCCUCCGACACCCAGUCAGCCAGGGCCCUGUGGAGCCUGAAGCCCUCCCACUGCCGACUGUGCUCAGGUAUGUUUGCCCCACUCACCCGAGGCCAGGUGACCGGAGGACAAGGCCUUCGGGCCUUGGCUGCAGCCCCUCAGGAGGGGUCCUGGGACGGCAGAUUUGGAAGGGCAGCGAGGGAGAGGCGCGCAGCAGAUACGCCAAGUGUGACCAGAGCGGGGCUUGAGUUCCAGCUUACGGUGCAAACCAGAAAGACCCUUGGGGAGGGUCCCCUGGCAUCCACUGACUGCAGGACUCCUGGGGGGGAGGGGCGAGGCUUCUGGGCUGGUUGGAGGGAGGGUUCCGGGAUCUGCAUCCCAAAUUAUUUACUUCUGCAUUGAUAUUCUUCGAGUGACAAGAUAAUAUAAUGAUCAUUGUAAAAACUCCCAAUUUUCACAUCCCUUAGUGGAAAGUGAAACCCAAACUCCUCAGAAAGAAAAAUUCCAGACAAUGAGCCAUGUCCAGGGAGGGGCCUCUCAGGGGCAGCGGAGUGGUUGAGAGCUGUGGUGCCUGCAGGGCUGGACCACAGGGGCCAAGGGGAAAGAGGGCCUUCCUUCUGCAGGAAGUGCUCUGGGACCAAGAAUCCAGUAGAAGCUGCAGCCGGUGUUCUGGAACCGACUUGCAGGGAGGCCUCUUUGUCUGUGUGACCCACUCCAGGACUCCAGCACUGGUGGAAAGCAGGGUGGGGGGACCGUGUGGAAGUGUACGUUGCUAUUAAAAAACAAAAGCCAAACCCUCCCACCAGAAUGGGAAGCCAACGGAAACCUGGGGAAGUGCUCCACCUUUGAGGCACAGGGUGUUUAUAAAGACCUCAGGGAAGGAGAGCGGGAGGGACUCACAGACUCCACAGGUAUAGACAGAGAGGAAUAAAACAGCCAGGAGUCAUGUGAAGUAAAUGCAAAUAUAGCAACAAAAUUCUUAAAAUCACCUUUUGGGAUCAGAAAUACUACAAAGAUUUAAAAGACCCAGAGGCUGCGGGAGUUAUUCUGCAUGGUCAGCAGAGCCUCCCAUAUUAGAACAAAGGAUUCUAUGACUACAAAACAAAGCAAAGAGUCCUUAUUUACAGUUUCCUUAAUUGUAAGGCAAACACAACAAAAUCUCUAAAUACUCCUUGGUGAGGAUCAGCUGUGUAAACCUGAUCCAUAUAUUGAAAGAUCACACAGUAAUCCAGAGCAGCUAUGAGCACGUCUUAUUUUUCACACUGAACUAUUUCUAUAAUACACUGUCAACGGGGAAAAGCUGAUUUCAGGAAAAUGUGCAUAUAUGUGAAACAGCGUCUGCUUCCUCUGUCCCCGAGCCUACCCUGGCCUGCUGCCACUUCUGACUGGUGGGGCCAGUCCCCAGUUCCCAGAUGGAAGGAGGGAACAUUACUUUUUCUCUUUCCUGGGUCGUGUGCUUUGUUUUUCACAUGGGACACAAAACACUUCUAUAAAAAAGGAAGAGUCCGUUUCCAGGACCAUCACGGCGCUGCGUGCGGCAGGCUCGACCCGGCUGCGCUGACCGUGCUGGAAGGAGCCCGGAGCGUCCGUGCAUCACGGAGGGGUUUAACAGCGCCUGCUUGUGAUGCGCCAUCAGCCACUCUUGGGAUGACCGGCCCUUCCCUGUACCUGGCUCUCAGAGCCCUUCACGGCCGGCAUCGUCCCAGGGUCUUCAGAAGCACCCAGAGUCUCCCUCAUUCCUCAGGACACCAAGCCUCCCGGGGGCCGGGUGGGCUUGGGCGCUGCUUCCUCGUGGGGAAUAGGAAUCUGCCUUGCUCCCUUACGCUCCUCUGCUUUAUCCCUUCCCUGUUGGCCAGGCGAGAUCCAGGGGGCCAAUCUGACUUGGAAACACUGGCCCUUCCUCUGUCCCCCUUGGUGCAGCCCCUACCUGGCUGGCAGGGGCGUGAGAUGCCCAGGGCUGAGUGCAGCGCCACCCUCCUGCACACAGCUCGGCCAGCGUCGGGCCUGCCUGUGCUGCCCGGGCCCUCUGACCCUGUGGAAAGGGCACUUGAGUGGUGGCGGCAAAGUGAGUGAGGAGCAUGCCCUCAGAGGCCGCUGCCUUGGCUCUGGGCACCUCAAAGGCUGUGUCACUGCCUCUCCAUCUUCACCCUCAGAGGGCAGAGGGGCCUGGUCAUGUCUGUCGCCCACCACAGGUAUUCAGGGCUCAGCCCGUCUCUGAAACUGGUCAAGAAACCCAAGAUGAAGAGUGGCUCAGCGACUUCCAGAAACCCUCUGGGGGCGGGUUACAGAGGAGCCUUUGUCCUGCUGGCUGCACACAGGCCCCCAUCCAGGCCCUGCUGCUGUCGGGGUCCAGCAAGGUGGCCGCGGCCUCAUUAAGCAGAAGCACAGAGGGCAAUAAAAUAAAGGCCACUGAGCAGCGCUCUGGGGCUGACCCACAGGUCACCCAGAGCUACUGUGCCCGGGGAGCUGGCUUAACAGGCAGCACCAGUGGCAUCAAGGAGGCACCUCAAGAAGCCAGCAAGGGGCACUGCAGGUGAGACCCACAGGGACUUCCAAGACCCGGGCCAUGAACACAGGCUUGGUGACAGCCCCCGAGGCCCCACCAGGAACACUCAGCCGUGGUCGUGACCUAGAAGGUGAGCCGUAUGUUUCUCACUUAUCCCUAAAGGUCCUUCAGGGGGGACGAUGGUGCCACCCAGCCAGAGCCCGCCAGCCCCUCUCACUGAGCACACUCACGGUGGCCGUGCCCCUCACCUCCCCUCAUCCAAGGCAGCUCAGGAGCUUCCCCGAGGGCAGUACCCUGCCAACUGGACAGGCCAUGUGCUUUGCUGCCCGCCUCUUCACAGUGCAGUCCAGCCUCCACCUGCCCUCAAGUUUCCUUGAUUCUAGAAUCAGGAGUGGCAGGUGAGCAGCUGCGGGAGGACUCCGGCCUUUUGCUUUACGGGGAGGGAAACUGAGGCUCAGAGGAGGGGGGUGUGCUCAGGGCUGGAGGCCCAGUGCGGGCAGUGCUGAAGUGACCACAAGUCUGGCUCUGGCCUGGGCCCUCUGGUCCCCAGGAGUGUGAGAAUGUUGAGGGGCUCUGCCCUUCACUCAGAGAGGCUCAGAGGGCCCCAGACACCUGGAAGGGGUGUGUCCCCAGUGCCAGGCUGCAGAGAGGCCCAGGCACCAACCCUGGCGGUUGUCAGAGCCUGCCUGCUCUCCAGGGGGACAUGGCCCCUUCUGCUCAUCUCCACACCCACUCGGGGGCGUCCAGCAAACCCAGCACUGAGGGCUGCUACUUGCUGGCCAGGCGUCCUUGUCCCUCUGUGUCCUGGGGAGAACAAUGACUGCUGGCACAGAGGCACUCAGCUGCCCCACAGGUCACCGGGAGCUACAGGGUCCCCGUCCAGGGCUGACUGUCAGGGGAGGGCAGUGCUGGUGUGGUCAGGCGGCAGCUGAGGGUCAUGGGCCUGGUGGUGGAUGCUGCACUGGCCACGUUCCUGGCAUCUGUUGGAGACUGGCCCGGAGCCAGCUGCGCUUCCCACACCUGAAGCUAGUGCGCCCCGGCUGCUCUGGGCUCCGCUGGCCAGCACACGCGUCCCCAGGGGGAAAGCACGACAACUGGGUUCUUUCUGCUUUGAGCCCCUUGAUGCCAGAACAUCCCUCCCCAGCCUCUUCCCACAGCCCCUGUGCUUUGUCGUGCCAGAAGUGUGGGCCACCGUGUCCCAGAACCAUGGCUGGUUUCACGGGGACUGUGACAAAGAGAGAAGGGGACGCAGACAGAGUGGGGACUGCAGAACAGGCCGGCCCAUCCUCGGGCACCUGGAGAGGAUGGCACCUGUGAGGAAGGGCUGACGCCUGUUGAGGAUUUGUGAUGAUGUGGGGCUGCCGAGACCCGGGACUGUUCCUCCCUGGGGCCUUGGCCCACACGCAGGAGUGGAGGGAAGGUGUGCCAGGAGGCACAGUCCCAAGUACCGUGCUGAGAAGAGCCACCAGCCCUGUGGGACUGAGUGAAGUCACUGAGCGCUUGGGAGAGAAGAGCAGGUGCCGGGCCCGGAGGCCAGGGAGAGCACAGCACCUCUGCCCCACCACCCCCUCGGCCUCAGACUGUGGGACCCAGCCUCGGUGGGAAAGGGCCAGCUGAGGUCAGGAAGGGCUGGCGGACAAGGUGUCCUCGCUGGGGUCAUGGGGGACGAGUAGCAGAAGCAGAGAAGAGCAACCAGUGACAGGAAAAGGCACGGGCUCCAUCUGCCUGCCGCCCCAGAGUGGGGACAGGCUGGGAGACAGGGAGGGCAGGCAGGUGGCUGGCGGGGACCUUGGGGCUGGCGGGUCCCAUCCAGCGUCCCCCUCCACUGGAGGAUGGGAGCCCCAGCUUGGAGUGCGCCACGCGUGGGUGAGACGCCGCGGGGCGGGGGUGGAGGUGGGUAAAGAAACCCUGGGUCUUUCUCCUCCAUGUGUCCUUAACACAGACAGGACCCUGCGCCCAGAGGGGCCCUCUCCUCGUGGGCUGGAGCUGGUGGCCACGUGUGGCCUCCCAGCCUCCCCAGCCUCUGGAGGAGAGUGCACAGCACCUGUGGACGGUCAGGGCUCCCGGGACCACAGGCCUGGUUGACAGACGGCCUCUGGUCUUGCUGCAGCUCAGGGACCUUGCACCAGCCACCUGGACUCCAUCUGGUCAGAUAUCAUCUCAGGAGGGACGGUCCUCGGGCUCCAUGGAUGACCUGUCUUCCUUGCCGCCUUCCUCUCCACCUGGGGUCUUCCUACAGGGUUUCGGGGGUCUUCCUGCCGGCUGCCCUUCUGCAGGGUGGAGCGGGGACAGCCUGCGCCUCCUGCUCGGAGCCUCCUCCCCGGGGCCCUCCCUCCUCCUCCCAGCCAGUUCCACUUUCAUCUCCGUCUGUCACUUCCCCAUCUCCCCUUCGUCUCCAAGUCCCCUGGAUUUUAUUGAGAACACAGAACAGAUGCUUUCUAAAAACUGCCGUCUCCGCGGGGAGCAGUGACCAUAGGUUCUGGCUCCUAUAUAUAAACACGCGGAGACGCUCCCAGGGCGCGCUCUGCCGGGGCUCCCACCAGCCAUGCGGUUGUCCUGCAGACGGGCGCUUCCCCAGGUGGGCAGCUGCUCCAUGGCCCUCAGGUCCCUGGCUGCAGAGCCACCUGGGGAAGCGUGUGGCCUACCCAGGCCCGAUCCUCCCUCUGUUGAUCUGCCCCCAGCCCCGGGCAGGGCGCGUCCCCACCCCUCAGCCACUCACCAGGAGGGAGGGAUUGCCCCCCAGUCACUUGAAGGGACUCUUGCAGAGGAAGGGAAGGUCUCGGAGCCUCCACAGGGCUCACCCUCUCCUCCCGAUGCCCCUGCCUGGGUGGAGACACAGGGGGCUCACCACAGGGGGUGCGGCCAGCACAGUGGAGUGGGGCUGUGGGUCUCACUCCCAGACCCCAGCCCAAAGCCUUCCUCUCAGAGUCAGGAGAGUGAGCUACCCUCCCAUCUUGGGGCUCUCCCCAUGGAUGACAGAGGUCCUCUGGCAGGCCACUGGCCACAGCCCCAGGCCACAGCCCCAGGCUCCAAGGCCUUUCCCUGAGCAUUUCCUCUGGGCAGAGCCAGGGCUGGCCCAGGUGGGGCGGGACGGGGAGGGCCCUCCACUGACCACCAUGUCUGGUGGCCCUGGCUUGUAAAUAGGGUCAGAGCUGAGGGCUGAGCACCUCUCUCCUCAACCAGUCUGCUUGAGGUUGGUGGGUGGUGGGUAGAGAAGGCUGGUGGGGGGGACCAGAAACCUCUCUCUCGGUGGACUGUUGGGACCACUGUGAAAGGGACCCCAUUUCCUCCUGCUUGUUUCACGCCCACCCAGGCUGUGAGCUCCCUCGGUAGUGACUGUCACCGUGUAAGGACAAGCCUUGGCAUCGCGCCGACUGUGGGGAUGCUUUGCUUUGUAGUUUCCCAAAGACCAGAGGCAGCCUGGACUUUGCCCUCUGACCCUGGUCACUUUGGGGAGGAAGGUGGCCAGGAUGUUAGCUCCAUUUCCUGAAGGAGGAGACGGGUGCUAAGGACCCUCCGUGCUGGAGGCUGGGGAGCGCGGGGUCCGGCCAGGACACCUCUUCCACCCUGCGGGCCAGAGUUGGUACCAGGCCCCCCUGGGAGCACCCUUCGAGCAAGAACUGAGGUUUCCUGCCCUGCUCCUCCCAAGACCAAUCUCUGUGCUUGGUCUGGGGUGCCACAGUCGUCCGCAAGGCUGUCAGACCAGCCCGUCUUCAAGGUGCCGGACGGGUGAGGUGAGGCGUGUGAAUGGUCAUCGUCUCUGCCUGGCCUCGGAGGCACCGGGGGCCCGUCCACUGCCGAGGCUCCUUUGGAAGAGGGCCUGACUGUCUGAAUCACAGGAGCCAGCUCCUGGUCACCAGGGAGCUGGGACAGAAGGGACUUCCCUAGAGCAGAGGCAAGCGUGGUCCUACCACGCCGUGACCCACCUCCCAUGCCUGACACCCGGCUCAGGCCCAGCCCAGGCCGGCCUCUCUCCCCACCCAGACCCCUCACACGUUCCCUGCUCCAUAUUCUCCAGAAACCAUCAUGCAAUCUGCAAAUGUUCCUUGUAUUUCUAAAAAUAAAGACUCGUAUUUUUAGACAUGAUAAUGGAUUUUGAGGUUACGUCAAAAAUCCUCAGUAUAACCGUCAAGUCUGGCUUCAGGUUUUCAAUUGUCUCAUGAAUGUCAAUUUAUUCUUUUUACAUUUUGUUUGAAUUGGAAUCCAGACAAGCCUGGCAGGCUGAGUGGGGACAUUCCUGAAGUCUCCUUCCAUCUGUGGAUUCCCGCUGUGUGUUGUCUCCUGGCUGGGUGUCUGCUGUGCCUCUCUGUGCUCCUCCUCACAGUGCAGUGGAGGGGGAGAGAGGAAGGAGCCUGGGCCGCGUGAGUCUCCGGCUGUUGGUGCAGGUGGGUUCUUCCGGUUCCUCCUCGGCAGGAACAGAGGAGAAAGGCCACCUGAGCUCUCGCUGUCCUAGGUCUCGGCUCAGCCCACAUUGCAGCUCUGGGUCACCUGCAGAAUGGGCAAGGUGAAGGCACCCAGCAUUUCAGAAGGACCUCUGAGGAUCGAAGGCCCGACUCGAGGCUCCACGGAGGCCAGAAGCGUCCUCCCUUCCUGAUGCUCCGGAAGCUGCCCCAGGGAAAGGCCAGGGACUGCCCCUCACACCCCCAGCACGGAAGGCGGCUGGUCUAACAGCCUGCAGGCAUUCGCCUCUGACCGGCGCAUCUGCUAGUUUGGGGGAAAAGGAAGAAGAUAUAAGUUCAUUUUUCUCUGUCACGUGUGUCAAGACAAGCAUUAGAGGGUGGGGGGGAGACUCGGCUCCCUGGAAGGACACGGCUUUACCCACUGCUGCCAGAGCCAUUGCCAAAGGCCCGGAGAAAUGCCUCUCACACUGGUUAGGGCAGCAGAGGGCAGCUGAGAGCUGGAUCCAGGACCCUGGGCAGAAGGGACACCAGGGGAAAGACGAGGCUGCUUGGCCCAGACGGAGCUGAGCAGGACAUCCCGCUGAGAAGCACGGAGGCCGCACCCUCCCGGGGGCUGGGACAGCAGACGUUCAGCCGCAGGCCUGGGCCGGAGGUGCUCCAGCUACACAAGGCUGACCAUCCCCACCCCAAAGGCUCCUCAUCCAGGGAAGAGAGUCCAACCCGGAGCCUUGGCUUCGCCUGAAGCAGUCCUCAGGCAGUGUCCUGUUCAGCCAGCAGUACCCCAGCUCCAAACGGCCCAGACAGGGACGAAGAAAGAUCCAAACUGAGGGACAGGGCAGCGCAGAGCCCAGCACCGAGGCACGGUCGGACAGCUGGUAACAGGGCACAGACGUGGCCUUCGCGUUGACUCCUGUCUUAUGCACCAUUUCCUUGGCUUAUCUGAACAACGGGGUUCUGCUGACGUAGAGGAGGCCCAGGCCAGCUGACCGUGUUGCGCAUGGGAAUGGAGUCUGCUCCUUUCCUAAUGCUUGGGGUGGUCAUUAGACGGGCAGAGAGAGAGGCAGGAGAACAGGAUGGCCUGCCAUCGCCCUUGAUUAAAAGUCAGACUUAACAUAAAUAUCUCACUGGCUUCUCGUGUUUGCACCUGGAGAACCAAGUCCCUGGGCAUUUUGAUCCUGACGUUUGCCUCAGACGGUUUGCCAAGGGUGUGGUGGGAGCAGGUGGCUGUGUGAGACGCGCUUUGGUCUUUGGACUCAUGGGUUCUUGUCAGGACCUCUGCCUCCAGCUGGCCUCUGCGUGGAUUCCACAAGGCCCCGGUUUGAGAAUGCAGAGAUGUCACAUGGCUGGAGAACAAGUCGUCGUCAGCUGCUGCUUCCUGGCGAUUCCCUGGUGCCCGCACCACUCGGUGGCGCUUGCCACGCUGCCUGGCCACCCACGCUGUGCCAGGUGUGCCCAGACCCCUUGGAGCGGCAGGUCAGCAACCUCCUUCCCAUCAGGUCUUUCCCAGGUCUGCUGCUGGAGCAGACCCCCACCUCGCCCAGAUAGCUCCCAGCUGCUCCCCCCGUGCUGUGCCCUGUGCUUGGGACAGCCUCACCUGGGGACUCCCCUGCUGUCCCCGGCACUGGCUGCAGGGUUUCCUGCCACCUCACAUGACUCACUGUUCAACCGAGGAUGGUUCUGAGAAGGAGGAAAACUUGUCAACUUGUGGGACAAACGGUUAAUUGGCCAACGUUUGAUUAUAUUGCUGGAUCUAUAAAGCAGGCCCAUUAAUAAGUGAGUUUCAAAAAUAAAGUUCUUGUUAAAAAUAACUUGCAUCCACGUUCAUGGAAGCCAGCGACGCAGACGUCUUUACAUGUUCUAACUACGAGGAGGGCCGCAGCCCCGCCAGACGCAUGCCCAUAUGCUGUAUUUUAAUUUGCUGUUUAGUCUCUUUUCAUAAAGUCAUCUUUUUUAAACUUCAUCUUUCUCUUACCAAAUUCGUCUUUUUUCGAUUUUCAUUUUGUCUUCAGUAAGUUCAAACUCGCGGACACCUCCACUGACUCUUCUGCUCGCGGGGCUAUGUUUAGAAAGUAUUCUACUGAUGCUGAGGUAUCACGAGCUCAGCAGCUGCUGCUCAACGGAGGGUGAUCUGAAUUCUAUUUUUUCAUAUAGAAAUGUGUAAACAUUCCAGGCCAAAUGUUUCCAUAGAUACUAUCUUCAUGCCUUCAU